GCCUCUCAGGGUCCCUGCAACACUCAACCCGGCAUGCUGGAUUUUGUACGGAAGGUGAAAUGGGACGCGUGGAAUUCUCUGGGCUCCAUUUCUCAGGAUGAAGCCAGGCAGCAGUACUGCGACUUCAUUGGCUCUCUGGUGACGGCAGAAGGCGGGACUUCCGCCUCAUUGGCUGCAGAGCCUGCUGGAGGCGGAGCUACGUACGAGACGCUAUUGGUCACAAAGGAGGAUAAAAUCACCACCAUCAAACUGAACCGUCCAGCCAAGAAGAACGCCAUCACGACAGAGGUAACAUGUCCUCUGCAGGCCAGUGAGAUGCUGCUGUUCAACAAGAAGCUCUCAGCGGAGCAGGCGUCUGAGCUCGGACUCGUCUCUGAGGUUUUCCCCGACAGCAGCUUCCAGACGGAGGUUUGGAGCAGACUGAAGAAAUACGCCCAGCUGCCCCCCAAU